AUGUACUGCAGACUCCAACGCACUCCAUCCCCCACAGGUCUGUUGCCGGCUGUGUUCGUGGGCAGCAGCCAGCAGCAGGGGUUCGGGCCAAACACCUGCAGCAGCAGCAGCAGCAGCAGCAGCAGCGAAUGGGGGAGCGCAAGGGGAAGGGGAGCGGGAGACGCGACUGCAGCAGCAACGGGGGAGAGGGGCUCGCGAAAGAGAGCAACAGCAGCAGCAGAUGUGCAGCAGCAGCAGCAGCAGCAAAUGUGA